AUGGAUCGGUUUGCCAAGCUAGACAAGUAUUUGAUGGUUUUGAUUGAAGACAUUAUGCGAAAACAACAAGUAGCAAGGAUUUCUAUUUUGGGGCACAUCAUUAGGCGAUUAAAUAAACGGAGAAAGAGAAGACGAUUGCAAAAUGUUCUCCGAUACAGCAUCCUAGACCGAAUGCCUGCUCAAAUUAGACACAUGAAUCGACUUGUGCGUGUUAGCGAUACUGACUGUCUCGUUAACCUCCGGAUGGACCGAAAUGCUUUCGGUAGGUUGUGUGGUAUUUUCCGGCAGCUUGGUAUAAUACGCGACAAACGGUUCUUGUGUAUCGAGGAGCAAGUUGCCAUCUUCCUUGGCGUCUUAACACAUCACAAGAAAAACCGUAUUGUCCGUUUCAACUUUUUGAGGUCGGGCCACACGGUCUCCAAAUAUGUUCACGAGGUUAUGGCAGCGGUCAUAAAGUUGCACAAUAAAUUCCUUGUCAAGCCUGAGCCGAUCAAUGCAGGUUGUGUCGAUUGGAGGUGGAAGCAUUUUCAGGGUUGUCUCGGUGCGCUUGAUGGAACCUUUAUCAAUGUGUUAGUCCGAGGAGAACACAAACCAAAAUUCAGGAAUAGGAAGGGCCAAAUAACCACAAACACUUUAGCUGCGUGUGACAGGCACAUGCGUUUCACCUACGUCUUGCCAGGGUGGGAAGGUUCUGCAGGAGAUGCUCGUGUUUUGAGGAAUGCCAUUACUCGACCUAAUGGCUUCAGAGUGCCUAUUGGUAAUCUGCCCAUUUCUUUAAAACCAUUUGGUUGUAUACCGUUUUUUGUUAGCUGA